AUGAAGAUGAUUUCCCAGUUAUUGUCUAUCUUGGUGUUGCUCUCAACAGCCAUCCACGCAUCCCCAAUUGCCUCAAGCAUCAAGGAUUUAAAUGAAGCUGUACAUUCAUUGAACUUCACCCAUCCUAAAGGCGAGUUGUUGCCAAGAUACGAAGAUGGGGCAGUAGUUCUGACUGAUAUUCCCACAAAAGUUUAUAACCAAUUUUACCGUGCUGCGAAUUUGACCGCGGUUUCCUACUGUGCAGACCCUCCAUAUUUUAUUGACGUCUACGUAGGCCCAACAUUGAAUUGUGCCUUAGAGUUCUGUACCGAGAACUCCAAUGAUUAUAGCAUUUUAAAGGUGUUUUACCCAGAAGUUCAAGUGGACUUGGAUGAUAACAAUUCUUACAACAUCACGGCCACCGGUUACGUUGCCGUCAGUGAAGUAAACAAAGAAUUGUUGAUUGUGUAUAGAGGAACCUUGAGCAUUACUGAUGCCCUCAAAGACGCCGAACUUAUAUUAGAAGAUUAUACCCCAAUCAAUGGUGGAAACACGGCCUGUGAAGAUUGUAAAGUGCAUCAAGGGUUUAUGGAUUUAUUCAAAUCGACUUAUGAUGAAAUCUUCCCAUUGGUAAUACAAGAAUUACAAGAACAUCCAGAUUACAGCAUCACCGUCACUGGCCAUUCAUUAGGCGGGGCAUUGACUAACCUAGCGCUUAUUGAAUUGAAGUUGUUAGGAUACAACCCAUUAGUGAUCUCUUUGGCAGGCCCAAAGAUUGGUAAUCAAGAAUUAUCAGAUUAUGUUGAUGAAUUGUGUGGUACUGAAGAGUUGGACGAGAAAUAUCAAGCGGGCGAAAUUGAAGAAUUGACCGAGGGAUUUUGGAGAGUGAUAGCCAAAGAUGACUAUGUUCCAUUAGUGCCUCCAGGAAAAGUCUACACACACGCAGGAUUAGAGUUCAAGUUAUUAGACUCGUCACCAUUACCUCAGCCAAUUGACAAAGUGGUUUACACUGGGAAGUACGUUUACAGCUCGGUUCUUGAGGGAUUUGGAUGGUCUUUAAUUAAUAUCGUCGAUUGGUUACACGUUUAUGAGCAUCUUAGGUACUUUUACUUACAAGAUACCUGUUUGGAGCAGGAAGUUAAGAAGGUCUUCCAAUCGUGA